AUGUUUGCUACACUACCAAUUGAAACCAUCGAAUGUAUUUUCUUACAAGUGAAUCCAACUGAUUUGUUCAGUUCACGUGCUGUUUGUUGGAAAUGGUAUGAAUUUAUAACAAAUGAACGCUUUCUUGCAAAGUAUUUUGAUAAUCGUUUUGAACAACAAGCAAAGCAAUUCGCACUCAACUGGGUUGUUUAUCAUACUUCACCAACGUCCUUAUAUCGUCUUCCAUCAAUACGAGAUUACGAUAUUCAAUAUCCAGUUCCUGCACGUUUACAAGGGGGGUGGCGAUGUUGUAUUGGAUAUAAACAGAAUUGUCAAUUAUAUUUUCCGCAUACAGGCAUUUUUCAAACACAAAUACAGACAAAAAUACCAAUUUAUACUUGGUUUUAUACAAUAUUAACAUAUUCAUCAGAAUUUCAAUUGCAUAUCAAUGGAAUUCAUCAUUCAUUUGUCAAUAUUCAAAGAUCAUUAAGUGAGAAUGAAUUAUCUACGUAUAUGUUUUAUUUAAUUGAUAAUGAAUAUGUGUGUUUGUCUUAUGCCCGAGCACCUAAAUUUUCAUCGGUUGCUCGGUUUGCUGAUAUUCAAAUUUUACCAUGUGCUUUAUCUAUUUAUGCAAUUCGUGCGAUUAUUAAUUAA